UUGAAUUCAGGGUAGCAAAGUCUGGUUCUCCCUCUCCCUCCAUAAACGAUCCAUUUCCCUUUCAUUCCCAAAUGCUUUCCCUUUCUCCAGCUUUCCACAGCCCCGCCAUCAUCUUCAACGUCAUCUCAUCUGGGGUCCUUCAUUACGCUGGAGGACCCUACACCCCCACCCCACCUCCACCAUCCCCUCCUCCCUCAAACCUUGUUCCCCGCCCUAAUUUGUCUUAAUAAUCUUUUCUUUUCUUUUCUUUGUGUUUGUGUUUGUUUGAUUGAUUGAUUUCUAUCAUUGAUUGCUCGAUUGAUUGUUCCAAUUUUUAGGGAUUAGCUUUUACAUGAUCAUAUUUUGUCUUGAGGACAGCCAUUUGUGUGUUUGCAUUGGUUUCGAGACUCUGAUUUUGGGGAGGCUGGAGAAAUGAAUUGCUUGCCAUGUUUCCAGAACAAUGACGACGAACAAGAGAGCGCCGACGGGAACGACAACUUGCCGGUAGCUCAGCCUAAAGAAACGCCGGCGUCGUCGGCGUCGCCGCCUCCUCCUGCUGCUGGAAAAAAUGAACCGGAGGAAGAUCCAUCAUUCAAUGAGGAAAGUGAAAGAAAAACAAAAAAUUUCACUUUCCGCGAGCUUGCCAUGGCGACAAGAAACUUCCGGCAAGAAUGUUUGCUCGGUGAAGGUGGAUUCGGAAGAAUAUUUAAAGGGACACUCAAAGAAAAUGGACAGAUCGUUGCUGUUAGGCAGCUGGACAGGAACGGAAUGCAACAAGGCGGACACGACUUUAUUCUAGAAGUCGCAAAGUUGAAUAUGCUCGAACACAAGAAUCUGGUGAAUUUGGUCGGGUAUUGCGCCGAUGGAGAUCAGAGGCUUUUGGUGUACGAAUACUUGCCAUUGGGCUCUCUCAAGACUCAUCUAUUCGAAAUUCCCUCUGGAAAAAAGGCGUUGGAUUGGUCGACGAGGAUGAAAAUCGCUUUAGGUGUUGCACAAGGGCUCGAGUACUUGCACGAGACUGCGGAUCCACCAAUCAUAUAUCGCGACCUAAAGCCUUCGAACAUCCUUCUCGCUGAAGACAACACGCCGAAACUAUCUGAGUACGGUCUCGCCAAUUUGUUGCAAUCGGGAGGAAGUAAGACGCAUAUGCCGAGGGUCAUAAGCCAUGGCUAUUGCGCCCCGGAAUACGAAAAAAAUGGCGAGCUAUCCGCAAAGUCGGAUGUUUAUAGCUUCGGCGUGAUCUUGCUUGAGCUCAUUUCCGGUCGCAAAGCUUUGGAUCCUUCCAGGCCGACGGAGGAGCAAAAUCUAGUCGAAUGGGCGCAGCCGUAUUUCCGGGAUCAGACCAAGUUUGCGGAAAUGGCUGAUCCGCUUCUUCGAAAUGGAUUUUCUGCGACGAGUUUGAAUCAAGCUGUCGGAGUCACAGCCAUGUGUCUGCAAGAUGAGCCGAUGGCGCGACCUCUGAUCAGCGACAUUUCAGCUGCGCUUACUUUCCUCGCCAUGGCUCCACCGGAAGCGCCAAUCCCGGCUCGUCUCGCCCCGAUAUUAUCUGCGAGAGUGAAUUCGAUCAGCCAGCAGAAUGGCUCGCAAAAGAUCGCCGUGUCUGCUAGCAGAGUAGAAAGAGCAGAAAGUUCCGACGAUUCAGAUUCUGAUGACGAAGGCAAGAAGAAGCAGAAAUCAAUGAAGCCGAAAUCGAAAAGGCUCGGCUCAAGCGCGAAGCAUAAAAUUAGCAGCAAGAAGAUGAAGAAGAAGGAGGAUAAGUCGGUUUCGAAGAAGAGCCGGAGCAGCAGCUUAAGCUCGAGCAAUUCGAGGCGUCAUGAUUCCGAUUCUGGUUCAAGUAGCGACGAAGAAGAAGACAAACCUUUGGAAGAAGAAGAAGUAGAGGAGGAAGAAGAAGAAGACGACGAGGAAGAAGAAGAGGAACAUAACUCCGAUUCUGAAUAGACGAAAAAUGUGCAGAAAAUACAGACGGACGAUAACACAUUGUGGAUUCAGAAUACCCGAAAACAUCGAAUCUUAAUGAAAAAAAAAAAGAGAAAACAUCGACGGCGACGACGAGGACG